AUUUCUAUCACGUUCUUCAUCAUCUUCUUCUUCUUCCUCUUCUCUCGAACCCUGUGCUGUGAUUGCUCUUCUUCUUCUUCUUCGUCGACGACGACCGAGUCACGCGGCGGGGGAAUCGGCAUGGGUCGACGGUGCUCCCACUGCAGCAAAGAGAACCACAAUUCCCGAACCUGCCCCUCCCGCGGCGGUGGCGGUAGCGGUGGUGGUGGUGGCGGAGUGAAGCUUUUUGGGGUGAGGCUAACGGAUGGACCGAUUAUCAAGAAGAGCGCUAGCAUGGGGAGCCUCACCCUCUCCUCCGCUCAUCACCAUUAUUCUUCUUCCUCUGACCCGCCUCAUGAGCCCGACGAGUACUUGUCCGAUGACCCUGCCCAUGCUUCCACCUUCGCUAACCGCCGUGGAGAAAGGAAGAAAGGUGUUCCAUGGACUGAAGAAGAACAUCGACUGUUCUUAAUUGGUCUCCAGAAGUUGGGCAAAGGAGAUUGGCGUGGGAUAGCACGUAAUUUUGUUGUCUCAAGGACCCCUACUCAAGUAGCAAGUCAUGCCCAGAAAUACUUUAUCCGGCAGAGUAGUGCUACCAGGAGAAAGAGACGUUCAAGCCUUUUUGACAUGGUUACAGAUAGGUCUUCUGAUCCACCUUCAGUGCCAGAAGAACAAGUACUACUUCCACCUUCGGAAAACUCACAACCUUGUAAUGGAAAAUCACAGCCUUCAUUAAAUCUCUCUCUCAAGUCAGAAUUUGAACCCAUGGAAACUACUACUGAAGAACAUGUGGAGGAAGACCCCUAUGAAACUCAAGAAAAUGGAUCGACACCAAAGACUCCUGGGUUCUUUCCAGCUUAUGUGCCUGUUCCAUUUUCCAUUUGGCCAUCAAUCGCAGCUCCUUGUGAAGAAGUUAACAGAGGAGUGACAUUUCAUCAUGAGAUCUUGAAGCCAAUCCCGGUCAUCCCUAAGGAACCUGUCAAUGUUGAUGAACUUGUGGGAUUGUCUCAUCUGAGCAUUGGGGAAACACAGGUACGUGAUCGAGAGCCUUCCCCACUUUCCUUAAAGUUGUUAGGAGAGCCCUCAAGGCAGUCAGCAUUCCAUGCAAAUGCUCCGGUUAGUAGUUCGGAUUUAAACAGUGGCAAGAACAGCGCCAUACAAGCAGUCUGAGCUUUUGAAGUCCUGUGAAGACAACAGUAAUUAUUAAGCCUUCUUUUGGUCAUCUCUGGUGAAGGCAUCAGUAAUUAAGCCUUCUUCUGGUCAUCUUUUCAUUUGUUCUAUCAUAUAUAAUUUUUUUUUCUUUCUUCUGAGCCAUGAUAGUGUUUAAUCUUCCAAGUGGUAGGAAGUGUUACAUGGUGGUAUGUAGCUCAGGUUAGAUUCAUUCUUGGCUAAUAUUUAUUCUUUCUAACUGUAAUCAAUUGAAGAUUAAAUAAUGAAAUGGCAAGGCCCAAGAGGUCCCUGUUCCUCUAGGUUUGGUUAUAAUAGUUGGCUAGCCAGCACCCUUUGUAUUACUGCCUGCUCCUGCAGUCCUGGAGUGGAUGCAUUGUAUGACUAUGAUGUAGCCAUUUUUGUGUAUUGGGGGUUGUGUUAAUUGAUUUUCACAUCAUAUUUGCCGGUAUAAGGAUUCUUCUCAUGUUGAAAUUGUGUUUA